CGUGGCAGCCGCUGCUUGGCCCCCGGCCCCCUUAUCUGCCCCCGCCCCGGCCACACGGCAUUGCCAUGGACGGCCAGCUCCUCCUGGUGCUGCUGCUGCUGCUCGGGGCCUCCGGGCUGCGGGGACAGGAGACGGGGACUGGGGGUCCUGAGGAGGCGCCCCCCGAGGAGGAGCCCCCUGAGGAGGACGGGGUCUUGGUACUGAGCCAGCACACGCUGGGCCGGGCUCUGCGGGAGCACCCUGCGCUGCUGGUGGAGUUCUAUGCCCCGUGGUGCGGGCACUGCAAGGCAUUGGCCCCCGAGUACAGCAAGGCAGCGGCCCUGCUGGCAGCAGAGUCGGCUAAAGCCAGGUUGGCCAAGGUGGACGGGCCGUCAGAGCCAGAACUGACCAAGGAGUUCGCGGUGACGGAGUACCCGACGCUCAAGUUCUUCCGCUCGGGGAACCGCACGCACCCGGAGGAGUACACAGGCCCCCGCGAGGCCCAGGGCAUCGCCGAGUGGCUGCGGCGGCGCGUGGGGCCCAGCGCCACCCGGCUGGAGGACGAGCAGGGUGCCCAGGCGCUGAUCGAGGCCCGGGAUGUGGUGGUCAUCGGCUUUUUCCAGGACCUGCAGGACAAGGACGUUGCCACCUUCCUGGCCCUGGCCCAGGAUGCUCUGGACAUGACCUUUGGCCUCACUGACCGGCCACAGCUGUUUGAGAAGUUUGGCCUCACCCAGGACAGCAUAGUCCUCUUCAAGAAGUUUGAUGAGGGCCGGGCAGACUUCCCAGUGGACGAGGAGCUGGGCCUGGACCUGGGGGACCUGUCUCACUUCCUCCUCACGCACAGCCUGCGCCUGGUCACGGAGUUCAACAGCGAGACCUCACCUAAGAUCUUCGCAGCCAGGAUCCUCAACCACCUGCUGCUGUUUGUCAACCAGACACUGGCCCCACACCAGGAGCUGCUGGCGGGUUUCGGGGAGGCGGCUCCCCCAUUCCGGGGGCAGGUGCUGUUCGUGGUGGUGGACGUCGCGGCCGACAACGACCACGUGCUGCAGUACUUCGGCCUCAAGGCCGAGGAGGCCCCCACUCUGCGCUUCAUCAACAUGGAGACCACCAAGAAGUACGCGCCUGCGGAGGACGCGGCGCUCACCGCAGCCUCGGUGGCCGCCUUCUGCCACGCCGUCCUGGGCGGCGAGAUCCAGCCCUAUCUGCUGAGCCAGGACGUGCCCCCCGACUGGGACCAGAGGCCCGUCAAGACCCUCGUGGGCAAGAACUUUGAGCAGGUGGCCUUCGAUGAAACCAAGAACGUGUUCGUCAAGUUCUAUGCCCCGUGGUGCGCCCACUGCAAGGAGAUGGCCCCGGCCUGGGCGGCGCUGGCCGAGAAGUACAAGGACCGCGAGGACAUCGUCAUCGCGGAGCUGGACGCCACGGCCAAUGAGCUGGACGGCUUCCCUGUGCGCGGCUUCCCGACCCUCAAGUACUUCCCGGCGGGGCCGGGCCGGAGGGUGAUUGAAUACAAAAGCACCAGGGACCUGGAAACCUUCUCCAAGUUCCUGGACAGCGGGGGCGUGCUGCCCGCGGAGGAGCCCGCGGAAGAGCCCGCGGAGGAGCCUGCAGCCCCGGCUCCGGAGCCGCCAGCCAACUCCACCGCGGUCCCCAAGGAGGAGCUGUAG